GUCUGAACAUGAUGUGAAGCUCCCCGCUGAGAUGGAUGUCAACAGUCUGGCGAGGAAAGUCCCCGUGAGGAUCGUCCACGCUGACAUCAGCUCGGAGCGAGAGGGCAGGGCCUACCUGCCUCAGAGCAGCAGCGUCCUCGGGCCGCCGGCCAGCGUCCCCUCGCUGAGCACCACGGAGCGCCCGGCUUCCUCCCUGUUCAACGCCUACACCCGCCAAACCGCUCAGGAUCAGCAGGAGUCGACAACGGAGUCGGCCGGGGCUCAGCGCUUCGAGGAGGACGCCAAGAGAGAAGAGCUGGCUCGGGACAUCAUGGGGAAAGACAAGUCGCUGGUGGACAUCUUGGACCAGAGCGGCAGGAUGACCACCAUGGACCUGAUGGAGGGACUCUUCCCCACGGAGGAGCAGAUCCUGGAGGGGGCCCACCAGCGCAGGAGGGCCUCCUCUGGCUCCAGACUGCCCACCUCAUCCCCGAGGAGCAUGGACAGGAGGGAGGAGGAGGACUCGUCCGUGUCGGCUGCAGCCUCUCUGGUCCCCAGCUCCUCCUACUACAACACGUCGGCCCCCAAAGCCGAGCUCCUCAUCAAGAUGAAGGACAUGCAGGAGCAGCUGGACGAGCAGGACUCUGAGGACGAGCUGGACGUCGACCUCGCCAGUAAAAAGCAAGAGCUGAUCUCCAGCCUGGCGAGGAAGCUGGAGGUGCUGCGGGAGGCGCGGCAGAGCCUGCAGGAGGACGUGGAGGACAACGAGGCUCUGGGCCGAGAGGUGGAGGCCACCGUGCAGCGGCUCUGUCAGGCCAACCAGCUCGACAAGUUCUGCAUGUUCGUGGGCGACCUGGACAAGGUGGUGAGCCUGCUGCUGUCGCUGUCGGGGCGGCUCGCCCGCGUGGAGAACGCUCUCAACAGUCUGGAGGACGAAGCCCCGCCAGAGGAGAAG